CCGGCGACGCGGCCACGAGGCACCAAACCAAGGACUUCAAUCGAUACGCUGGAAACCAACAUAGCAUCAACCAGGGAGCAAUUGUCAACCGUCCUCCAGCAAAUUUGCAAACUUGAAUCAUUUCAUUCACAAACAAGGAAGACGACUCAAACUGUGUCGCCGAAUCCAGAGUCUCAGCAUGAUUCCGCAAGAUCCUCUUCGUUGAGCACAGAUGAUCCUGACGACGAAAAGCAACCAGCAGAAGCACAAGCAGAGACAGAAGUAGAAGAAGCAGAAGCACUGAACCAUGCCAACGCCAUAUUCUCCCGGCACAUAUCCUUGUUAAAAGAGUACAACAAGAUCAAAGACAUCGCCAUGGGCAUGUUGUCUCUCAUUGCAGAGAAGGAAGGCCGACGCCUUGUCAAGGUCAUGGAGGAGCGAGGGUUGAACGAGAAUGAUUGA